CUUGUGAUCAUAUCGAGAUACUUGCAUAAUACCGCAGAGAUUUUGUUGUAAUUGUUUUGGUUCAGUUUUCUUACACGGUACCUGUUAUUUAAAUUGUCAUCGGUAUUAGACAUUUGUGUCUAACCUGUAAUAGAUCAUCCAAAACCAAUUGGCAUUAUCCAUAAACAUUGAACUUCACCAAUGAUCCGUCCAUUAGGCUAUUGCCCUCAAACGAUUCCAAUUUUACCUGUUUACUUUGGAAGCCGCGUUAGUGCUAUAAAACCUUUGGCAUCUUGAAUUUACUCCGCAAACAAGGAAGUCCUAUUUGACAGCUAGAUGACCGAUGGCAGUAUUUUAUUAUCUUUAAAAUGGCAACACCGGACGCCGGAGGUGGUGCCGCGCGGGCUACAAACGCGUCUAUUCCCGAUCGGCCCCGCCCCGAGGUUAUUUAAAUAUACCGUGACGUAUUAACGUCAGAACUACACCAUUAAUACGUUUCCACCAUCUGUCAAGAACAGAAGCACCUCUGUAUUGACAAACGAGAUGCUAAAAAUAGGGACAAUGGUUUUGUUAUUAAACUAAUAUCAAACGGCGUGAAUUGUAAGCUACAAGUGUUGCUAUGUCUUGAUCACGAUAUGGAAAUAGAGUUUGCUGAAAAUGUCCUGUGACGAAAUAGUAUCGCAUAUGUCAAAUAUCAUUAGCACAGCUAUAAGAAAGGGCGGCAGAGUUUUAAGUUAUCCUCAACGACUGUGCAACUUCAUAGUGCACGAGCGAUGCGUGGGGCAUGUGGUGACGCCGUGCUGCGGGGUGGCGCCGAGCCUCAUCAAGAACCCAGUGGCUCACUGCUGGUCAGAGCCGACACACCACAAAAGAAAGUUCUGCACGGUGUGUCGAAAGCGGCUUGAUGAACUGCCAGCUUUACACUGUAUGAUAUGCGAGUACUUCGUCCACGGAGAAUGCGUGGACUUUGCGGCAGCCGACUGCAAAGAAAACGCAACAUACUGUGCCGGCAGCGAGCCACGACACGUGCACCACUGGCGCGAGGGAAACCUUCCCGCCAACUCCAAGUGCACUGCUUGCCGCCGUGCCUGCUGGUCCACGGAGUGCCUCACCGGCUACCGCUGCGAGUGGUGUGGUAGCACGUGUCACGCUGGCUGCCGAGCACUCAUACCAGAAGAAUGCAAUUUCGGCGCAUUGCAGCCGAUCUUCCUGCCCCCGUCUGCGGUGUCAAUCCCCCGGACGGAGGUGCCUAUGGAGGCCAUCAUCGGCGUGCACGUGCGCCCACCUCCAUCACAGCGAGACUUCGGAUGCCCUCGAAGCGUAAGCGAGGAGUUCAGCUCUGGGUGCGAGGGCCGAUCGGGCUCUGGCGGCGGGUCGACUGGCGCUCCCGCCGACCAGGACCACCGCCCUGACCAUAAACAACAUCGUGACCGCACCCCAGAUGAUAGAGAUGAAGAGGUAGUAAAAGUUUACGACGGAGAGGCGGCGUGGUCGCGUCGACUGUACCGGCCUGUAGUCGUGGGGCGGAACUUCAGCGAGCGCGAGCUGGUCGCGGCCGCGUUACGCGCCUUCCACGUGGCUCGCGAGCCCGAGCAGUUCGAGCUGACUGACGCGCUCGCUGGUGAUGAGCCACCGUUGCGCGACCCUACGCCUCUCGCUCGCGUCACACGUCUGCCCAAUAAAAGACCUGCACUAUUUCUGCGUUUCAAUGAGGGUCGUUGCACCAGGGAGCCGGAGACGGGUGGUGGCGAGGUGCGUGUGUACCCGGGCCGGGUAGCCGGCGCCGGCGACGCCUUCGUGACGGUCACGUGCGCCGGCGAGCACACCGUGGCCGACCUCAUGGCCGCCGCGCUUGAGCGCUUUGGACUCGAUCCCGCGCACGCCACACUCGACUACCGCUGCUCCGAGAUUCUGCUCGAUCGCGGGGUGUCGGAGCGAGUGCUGGAGGAGGACGAGCGUCCGUGGCGCAUCCUGGUGCGGCUGGCGCGCGAGUCCGUGCGGCGCAUGGAGCUGGCUCGGUUCUACCUGCAGCCGCGCCGCGACCCGCACGGGCCCACGCUGGCGCUCUUCGUGGCGUCGCUGCCGCCCGGUCUGUCCGAGCGGAACUAUGAGAACAUCUUGGUCGAGUUCCUCGGUGCCGAGAACAAGUUCACAUCAAUCGGCCCAAUCUAUUACGAAUAUGGAUCAAUGGUGAUCACAUACGAGGACGCCAGCAAGGCAGUGCGCGCCCUCUACGCGCUCCGAGAGGCCAAAUAUGAAGAUAAGCAUUUAUUAGUGAUGCUGUUACCCAGCAUCGAACCGUCGAUGGUGCCAUCCGGCGUUAAGCCGUUGCUGGUAUUCGUGAAUGUCAAGUCUGGCGGUUGUCAGGGACUUGAACUUAUUUCUUCCUUCCGCAAACUCCUCAACCCAUAUCAGGUGUUCGACCUGGAGAAUGGUGGACCAUUACCUGGUUUGUACGUGUUCCGCCAUAUCCCGAACUACAAAAUUCUUGUGUGUGGCGGGGACGGUACCAUCGGUUGGGUCCUGCAAUGCCUCGACAACGUGGGACAAGACUCACAGUGUUCAAACCCACCAUGCGCGAUAGUGCCUCUCGGCACCGGUAACGACCUCGCCCGCGUGCUGCGCUGGGGCUCGGGUUACACGGGCUGCGAGGACCCGCUGUCGCUGCUGCGUGACGUCAUCGAUGCGGAAGAGAUCCGCCUCGACCGUUGGACCGUGGUCUUCCAUCCCGAGGACAAGCAGGACGAACCUAAGGAACUGUCCAAGCAACUACCGGGCUCUCAGAGCGAAGAUAACUCACAAAUUCUCGUCAUGAACAACUACUUCGGUAUCGGCAUCGACGCUGACCUCUGCCUCGACUUCCACAAUGCUCGUGAAGAAAACCCUAACAAAUUCAACAGCAGGUUACGCAACAAGGGCGUCUACGUUAAAAUGGGCCUACGUAAGAUGGUAGGACGCAAAAUGUGCAAGGACUUGCACAAGGCGGUUAAGCUCGAGGUGGACGGCAAGCCUGUCGACCUGCCUGCAGUCGAGGGCAUCAUCAUAUUGAAUAUUCUUAGCUGGGGGUCAGGCGCCAAUCCAUGGGGUCCGGAGAAAGACGAUCAGUUCAACAAGCCUAACCAUUGGGACGGCAUGUUAGAGGUGGUGGGUGUGACCGGUGUAGUCCAUCUCGGGCAGAUCCAGUCUGGUCUGCGCGGUGCAAUGCGGAUAGCACAGGGUGGUCACAUUAAGAUCAAUCUGCGGAGCGAGAUCCCGGUGCAAGUGGACGGCGAGCCGUGGGUGGCGGCGCCCAGCGAGGUGGUCGUGCUCAAGUCCGCGCUUAAGGCCACCAUGCUGAAGAAACGCGGCAAGGUGCGGCGGCGCAGCACGGAGCCGGUGCUGGCGCCCCCCGCGCCGCCCGCGCCUCCCGCGCCGCCGCCCCCCCGCGCCCCGCCCGACUCCUGAAUCUGGCUCAGCGAGCGCCUCAUCUGACGCCUCGGGCUCAAGGCCGGUCACCGGGCGCUCGCCGGGAAGAGAUUCCCACCAGUAGUUGUAGAAGUUCGAUGAUGUAAUAUCGUGAAUAUGUAAAUAAAUUAUUAACAAAGAAAUAAUAUAUAACUAUAAUUGAAAAAAAAAUAAAUUUAUAGUCAUUAGACGUUGUUUCAUUUCUAGUCGAGUACGAUUUGAGAAUGUGUAUAAAAUAAAAAUUUAAAUAUGUAA